AUAAUCUCUUCUCUCCCCAUUUAUUUUCUUAUCUUUUCCCUCCUAUUUAUGUUUGGUUGGAGAUGCCCUGAGCAUUACUCCUUUUACACACUCUGAUUUUCCAGAAUACAUACCAGAGAAACUGUACUUAUGGCUGGUGCUGUAUUUGAUUUUAUUUUUGAAAAGUUCAAGGAGCUAGUUUUCCAAGAAGUUAUAUUCCUCUGUCAAAUCAAGCCUGAGAUACAAAGAUACAUGGACCGGCUAGCAAACUUGAAAGCCUAUGCUGAGGAUUUGGGUAGGGGGAAACAAGAAAGGGCGUCAGCAAAGAUUUGGGUGAUUCAACUGAGGAAGAACUCAAUUGAACUUGAGGAUUUGCUGGAGGAGAUCAUGGUGGAUAUGGAGCUUCUUGAGCGCAAUACUCCUCCCUGCAAUUUCUGUGAAGUCAAGUCCCUCAUCGCCACCUUACAGAGCUUCGCUAAGAGGGUGAAGAUGCAGAUUUGCUUCCAUCUGCAGCUAAAAGCCAUCGACCAGAAGCUGCGUGAUCAUGAAGAACAAAAAUCAAAGUGCGACAUACAACUUAACACAAAUGUGGGAGAUAAUGAGUCAUUAGACUGGGACCGUGGAUAUUCACAGGGGUUUGAAGCAGUGGGGAUCGACAAUGAGGUCAAAGAUAUGACAGAUCUCAUUGUGAAUUGUAGAGAUUGUAGCAUGGUGAUUACGAUUUGGGGACUUGGCGGUUCAGGGAAGACUACCAUGGCGAAGCAAGUCUAUGAAAAAGUCAAGGAUGAUGGUGGGUUUGGCUGUUGUUCAUGGGCCGAUGUGAACCAUUCCUCAGAUAUUAAAUAUCUGUUGAAGACAAUAAUCAAUGGGCUGUACAAAAAUGAUAGAAAAGAGCCUCCUUCAGAGCUCGAGAAUGCAGAUAGAGAUGAGCUUGAACGACAGUACCUCAACUACUUAAAGGGGAAGAGGUAUGUUCUAUUUUUGGAUGAUGUUUGGGAUCAUAAUCUCUUGAAAAAACUCAAAAUUCAAGGCGGUCAUGCAUCUUCAAUUGUCAUCACUAGCCGUCACAGAGAGAUAGCUGAUGGAUCUUUCCUUGCGGGUGGGGUUAUACCUCAUUAUGUUGAGGUGAAGCCAUUAGAAUUUGAUUUGGCAUGUAGUCUCUUUUGCAGAGCUGCUUUUCUGGUUAGAGCCAGUACAUCUGCUGGAGGUGGAACCCCUGCUGCCUGGCCUAAUAACACGAUUAAAGAGCACGGUGAAGAAUUGGUUAGGAAAUGCGAUGGUUUGCCUAUUGCCAUCCUAGCUGUUGGUAGGUUGAUGUCUAGAAAGGGCGAUCAUCCAAAAGAAUGGAGGGACGCUCUCAAGAAUCUGGACACAGAAUGUGAAAGCAGUCUAAGUUCUAUCAAUAGAGCCCUACUGUUGAGCUAUGAUGAACUGCCGAAUCACCUCAAGUAUUGUUUCUUAUACUGUGCGAUUUUCCCCAAAACUUAUUACCUCCCUGCCAAAAGCAUGAUCCACAUGUGCGUUGCGGAGGGCUUUGUCAUUGAGAAGGAUCUUCGUGGAAGAACACUAGAGGACAUAGCAAGGGAUUACUUCCAUCAGCUCAGAAACAGAAGCCUGUUGCAGAUUGUUCCCGAUGAAAUUGAUGAUGACUUUGAUAGAAUUGAAAUGCAUGACCUUUUCCGUGAUUUGGCUUGUUUAAUGUUUGGCAGGGAAAUGUUUGCUGAAAUCUUGGAUCAGAAUAGCAUUCGUGAUCCGAAGCAAAGGCGUUUGGUAAGCGUGGACAAUGUGGCGCCGCCUAUAGUUGAACUUGUCAAUUGCGAAAAUGUUAAGCUACGCACACUCAUCAUCGGUGGAGUGUCUAAUUUCAAUCCUCCGUUCCCUCAGCUGCUCCCAAUCAUUAAGUUAUUGAGGGUUUUGGUGUUAGAAGGUUUGUCUGAUAGUGUGGAGAGUCUACCUAAUGAGGUUGGGGAUCUAAUUAAUCUUAGGUACAUCAGUUUGCGAAGAACAGGGAUCCGUCAGCUCCCUGAUUCCUUGGGAAGAUUGCACAAUCUACAGACAUUGGAUGUAGAAGAUAAUCCACAUUUGAAGCGUUUGCCUGAAUGCGUGUCAGAGCUUACGAAGCUGAGACACAUCUUUGGAACAGAAUUAAAAGUGCCAGAUAAAGUUUUCACAUUUUCUCAACUUCAAACAUUAUAUGGCAUAGAUGUUACUCCCAUUCAAGCAACAGAAUUAGUAAACAUCAGUGAACAACUCACUAAGUUGAAAGUUGAGUUUACGAAAGCGGAAUGCUGGAGUGAUAUUCGUGCUUCUACACAACAAAUGGGAAAGCUUAAGUCUCUAAUGAUUUGGGCGAUGUGCACGGCUGAUGAUGAGAUAUUGCAAUUCGGUAAUUUCUCCCCACCUUCUCAGCUAGAGAAACUGGAGCUUUUUGGGUUUGUUGUAUCUGCAAGGUUUACUAGUAUUGGUGAUGCUGCAUACCUUCGCUCAAUCAACUUAGAAGUAUGUUUUGUAAACAUGGAUUUCUUCAAUUGUUUGGGGGAACUGCCAGUCCUGGAGUUCCUCUCCCUCGGCAGGUAUGUUGAAGACACGUUAAUUUGCAGUGAUAGAAGCUUUCCGAGACUCAAGAAGCUGUGGAUAUCUUUCAGAAUUAGAAAGUGCCAUAUAGGAGACGGAGCUAUGCAACAUCUUGAGUCACUAACUUUGAGUGGAUGUCAAAAUCUAAAAGUGCUUCCAGAAGGGCUGGGUGAACUCAUUGAUUUGAAAUACUUGUGUAUAGGAGACCCGACUCAAGAACUUAUUGGAAGGAUGAGUGAGGGAGGACCAGAUCAUUGGAAGGUUGAGCAUAUACCAAGAAUUACUUUUGAAAAGCAUUAUCAUUCCAGGGGUUAUGGAGAAUGAGAUGGAUGAAGGCUUCUCAUGAACAGUGAAGAGCCCGGCUUCUUAGUUCCAAGUUAAAAAAAAAUUAAUUUGUUUCUAUAUAUGUUUGUUUCAGUUUAAUUAGGUUUUGAUUUGUUCUUCCAUGUCAUUUGUUUUUGUUCUUUCUUCGUACAUUAUUGCAGGUUGAUCUUGUGAUUGUUUUGGACUUUAAUUUGGUGGUUGUUGAUCAAUUUGAAUAAUCAAUUUUCAUCUUUUU